AUGUCCAUGUGUUGCGCAGCAGCUGUCAAUAUACCGCAUCCCAGCCGGCCAGGGUUAGCCCACGUUGCGACGACGCCCAGCCGACCCGAGACGGGCAGAGGCAGCAAGCCAUCAGCCAUCAGCCAUUGCCCAUCAGCCUCUUACCGGUCGCUGAGGGCGCUGAAGGAGCCGGCCAUCGGCUGUGGCUACGAGAUCUGUCUGCUGCUUGGCCCUGCAGGGCGCCUUAACGAGCCUGGCGUCGCAGCGGCUGCCCCAAAACAAUGGUCUGUGGCAUCAGCCCUCAACUAUGGGGCCUGCGUGCAGCGAACCGAGUGUCCGAUCGACCGCGGAGUCGUCCCUAGUACCUUGUCGCUCUGUCAUUCCGUCAGCUGGCGAAACCAGGCCGCUGGGAAGCGGCCGCGAGGCCACCACCGCACACCACUCUGGAUGCCAGCCAGAUACCAGCCAGAUGCCAGCCAGAUGCCGUCCACCACCGCCCACAAACCGCUGCCUCCGACAUGGUUGUGUAGUUGUGAUUGUGGACGUGGUCAGGAUAGUGCAGCGCCUGUCAGGCCCGAGUCCGCCACCGCCCUGUGUGGAUGCCGCCCGUUGGCUGCCGUAGUCCAGAAAGCCCAAAGACGACAGCCGACGGCACCCAGACGCGCGCAAAAGAAGUCGGAAAGCACACCUCCACGUGGAGAUCCACCCAUCUAG